GUUCGUGUAACUAUCAACAGUAUAACUUAUAUUUUUAACGACUUUUUUUCUCUAAAAAUGAGUGCCAUCAAAAAAUAUUUCAAAAAUGAAUUUCAAAGUUCCAUGUUCAAACUCGAAUAUCGAACGACGUCAGACUUUUAUAUUAGUUGUUUUCAAACCAACGAAUCAGUUUUACCUUCAUUGAUAAUUAGAGGUAUUUUGUUCUUUGGAUCAAUGGCUAUAGUAAUAUCUUCCAUAGUGCUUACUGCUCAGGGUGGACAGGGUGGAUAUUGGCCUAUUUACCUGACUCACUGGGGAAUUGCAGUAAAUAUGAUCUGUACCGGAUUCGCAUUUGCUGUAUCUGUACUUGCAUAUAUAAAACAACCUUAUGGCGACGACUUUAAAUUACCGUGGUUAGUUAAAGUCUAUUGGGUUUCAUCAAAUAUAGCGAUACCUCUGUCAUUCUUCAUUACUAUAUUCUAUUGGGGAUUCCUGUCAGGGGAGCUCGAAUUCGCCAUCGAUAAAGUAUUGGACAUUUUCAUCCACGCUAUCAACAGUGUUGUGAUGUUACUGCUUCUGAUAACAGCGAGACAGCCAGUGUACAUACUGCACUUUUACCACGUCGUGUUGUUCGCGCUCAUUUACUUGUUAUUUAGUGUCAUUUAUUACGCAGCUGGUGGAACUGAUAUGCUCGGCAACCCAUUCGUUUAUCCAAUGCUUGACUGGAGCAAUCCAGGAAUAGCAGUGCUAACGGGAGUGUUCUCUGCUGUUCUGAUCAUUAUCCUGCAUUUCUUGAUCAGCUUAAUAGUGGUAGGACGAAAUGCAUUCAGUAGAUGGAUUUUAAAGGCUCUAACGUGAAAUUUUCAAUC